AUUUAAUGCAGCAGCAUUAACAUGGUCCAAAUUGUGGAUGUGCGGAAUACAUGUUUAAUGAAGAUGCAGAUGAUUUAUAUGGUCAAAUAGAGAUUGAUAAAGUUGAUUGUUUGAAUGAAACAGCACAAAAUGUCAAAUAGAUCAUUAGACCAGAAAUAGAAAAAACUAAAAAGGUAAUUUUGAAUGCCAUACUUAGAAUCACUUUGUGUAAUCUGAUUUAGACUCAGAAAUUAUUGUCAUCAUUCCUUUUAAUGAGACUGUGAGAAUCAGAUAGAUUAAUGUCGUGAGUUUAAAUGAGGAGUCAGCACCCAACCUAAUGAAGGCCUAUAUCAACAUAUCAAAUGUGGAUUUUGGACUUAUAGAAACACCUUGUGUGGAAGUAUGAAUCUACUUUUUAAAUUAGCAAUUUGUAUUAAGUCCAAACUUAGAUGGCUAAUUUGGGAAUGCAGUCAAAGUAUCAAAAUUUGAAAAUGUUAAUAAUCUUAUAUUGUACAUUAAAUCUACAGUCAAUGAUCCCAUUCGAAUAUCCUAUAUUGGAGUGAAGGGAAUAAGGACAUUUUAAUCAAAAUAACUUGCAAAUACCAUUUAUGAAUUAAAUCCAUUGGCAAAGCAAGUUGAUCCUGAUAAAGUUGUAUUUGAUAGUGUGUGUUGA